CGUCAACACACCCAGAAGACCGUUACUGACUGCCAGACAUUGCACAUGCUGCAAUGCCAUUUCUUGUGACUAGAACAGUCCUGCGGUUGUCAGGAAGGCCUCUGAUAAGAUGAUGGACAUUUCAAAUUGCGGCCUUUGAUACUGCAGACGUCGCAAUCGUUUGUCGCAUCAAGAUGGCGUCGAAACCGACAUCUACUUCGAGGUGGAAUUUCUUGCAGCAGGCUGUGGCGUCGGUCGAAUCACGACUAGAUGAUAUCCUUGCAGAGGGCGGCGAACCUCCAAAGCGAAGCGUCACACCAGCGCAAGCAGGUCGAGAUUUAGCACCCCCCAAACGAACCUCCUCAGAUCUCUCGAGAUCCAAUAGCAGUGCCUCCACUUCCAAUGACCGACUGCAAGAGCGCCUUGCCAGGGCGAUGGCAAAGAAGAACACUAGUCGAACCGAAUCACCAGCCGCUCCAUCCAUACCUAGAAUAGAUCAACUAUCGCACGAGGCUUCAGACUCGGCAGAGAAUCAGAUGGACCAAGGCCUAUCAGAAGAGCCAACCUCUGCAAAAGCACACUUGGACUCAGAGCAAGGAGAUGCUGAAUUGCCUGUUGGGAAUGUAACAAAUGCACCAGUGUUCCAUCAAUCUGAUGAAUUUCCCGACUCUGAAUCUCAGAUUCCGAAAAUAGAUAUCAGUGUGCAGGACGAGGAAGGUUCCACGAGGACUUCCAGCGAGGCCACGGGUAGGAAUCAGGUCUUGCCGGGCCGUGGUUCUCAAGACUCCUUAAGGAAAAGUGAAGAAAGCACGCCAACAACAGGGACGACAGGAGUACAGGAAGACGUAAACAUGUAUAUCGAGAAGAUCGAUGCUCUUCAGGCGAAGCUUAAGUAUUUAAGCAGCGAAGCUGCCCAAUCCUUGAAGCAAGCAGCCGCCUCUGUUCAGCCUGGAAGUUUGGAGAAGAAGCUCUUGGAGCAAGAGGGAAAGAUUGCCUUGCUGAUCGAAGAAGGCAACAAUCUGUCGAAGACCGAGAUGAAGCACGUUACUACUAUUAAAAAAAUGCGGGCUCAACUCAUUGCCAACAACAGGGAACAGGAAGCAGCCAAGCUUCGUGCAGAUAAGACUGAGCGCUCGCUCAAAGACAUGGAAGAUCGAGCCAGGAAAGCGGAGGCCGCAAGCAGACGUGCAGAGCAAAGUCUUGCGACAAAAUCUUCCGGGGCUAACGAGCUCGAUGCGGUGCGCAAAGAGCGCGAUGCACUGCAGUCAACCUUGGCUGAGAUGAAACUUCAGAUCUCUAAGGCUAAUGCAAGGGCUGAAGCAGCCGAGAACAAAGUAAAAGCAGAUCAAGUCGCCAAAGAACAGAAGCGGAUCACAGAGUUACAAGCCGAUCUGAUGAGUGCAAAGGUGGAGAGAGAAAUUUCGGAGGAGAAGUUACGACGAGAAAUCAAAGACCUCCAAGCCACAUUGAGCAGAGAAAGGGAGCAGACCAAAGUGCUAGAGAGUGAAAUGCUAAACGAACAAGCAUCCCUCGAAAGUAAACUUGAGUCGUUUCGUGUUCGAGCUGAGGAAGCCUCUUCGGCCGACCAUGGCAAUGUGCAAGCAAAAUUGCUCAGGCAAAUUGAGACAUUGCAAAGCCAAUACGCAACAGCAAGCCAGAACUGGCAAGGGAUCGAAAGUACCCUUCUAGGGAGGAUAACCAACCUUGAGAAGGAACGUGACGAGAUCGCAGCCCGGGAGGCAGACGUUCGCAAAAGGCUGCGUGAAGCAACUCUCAAAGCAAAGAGCAAAGAAUCUCAGUUGGAUGAGGUUCAAAAUAUGCUUGCUGAAAAAGAGAAAUUCCUGGCGGAUGUCGAAGAAAAAUCUCAACGUUUGACCCGGAAAGUCGUCCAGCUUGAAACCGAGCUUGCUGAUGCUACAAGGGAGUUUGAGGAAUUCAAAGUAGCAACAGAGAAGGAUUUUCAGCGCAAGUUAGAGGAAGAAAAGUCUAAGUGGACAGCAACCUUGCAACUUCAACGGACAGAUUCGCCUGGCACUUCUAUUCGCAAGGGAUAUGGUAUGGCACUCGACAUCAAUCACCUGCUGAGCCCAGUUCAGUACGAAAGACCAACCAGCAGAAAAUCCUCCACGAUGCAAUCCUUUGACUGGACCGCUCCAUCGCGGCAGAACUCAGCCCCUUCUAUCCGCAACGUGACAAACGGCUCCAUUGCUGAGACGCCAUCGGUGGUGACCUCCAACGAUGCGGACGACUUUUUUGCCAGUGUGUCCCCAACGCCACAUUCAGCCAGCCAUCGUGGCGUCAACGACCUGAUCUCGACGUCCACGGUCGGAGCUGGCCCCUCUGUCCAGCUUGUGGAAAGGAUGUCCGCAAACGUCCGUCGGCUUGAGAGUGAGAAGGCCGCCACCAAGGAUGAACUCGCGCGUCUGACAACACAGCGCGAUGAGGCCAGGCAGGAGGUUGUCAGCUUGAUGCGCGAAGUUGAGGAGAAGCGAUCUAUCGAGGAUCGUGUGAAGGCACUCGAAGAAGAACAUGAAAGCCUAGGUAAACGGCACCAGACAACUCUCGAACUUCUUGGUGAGAAGAGUGAGCAGGUGGAGGAGCUCAAGGCGGACAUUGUCGAUGUGAAGCAGAUGUACCGGCAGCUGGCAGAUACCAUGGGGAAAUCAUGACAUGUUUGGUGG